CAUCUCUAUCUGGAGCUGUUGUUAUUGCCGUGGCCACUAGUCUGAGGGAGUCCUUGCUCUCAGGUCAUCGUCCUUGCAUCUUCUCUCAUCUGCUGUGGUCCUUGAGUGAGAUGAGUUCUUGGGGCGAGAUGGGGGAGGCCAUCGAACUCAGUACCAGGGAGCACGUGACCCCGGAGAUGAACAAGCUUCGUCAGAGCCUGAGGAGGAAGAAGCCCACCUAUGUGCCAGAGGCCAGCAGACCGCAUCAGUGGCAGGCGGACGAGGAGGCUGUACGCAAGGGAAAGUGUAACUUUGCUGUUCGGUACCUGGGGUUGGUGGAGGUGGAGGAGUCACGAGGGAUGCACGUAUGCGAAGAGGCGGUGAAGAAGCUAAAAGUUAGUGGGAAAAAGACAGUAAAAGCAGUAUUGUGGGUUUCAGCUGAUGGCCUCAGGGUGGUGGAUGACAAGACCAAGGACCUCAUCGUGGACCAGACCAUAGAGAAGGUUUCGUUCUGUGCACCCGAUCGCAACUACGACAAGGCCUUCUCCUACAUCUGCAGAGAUGGGACGACCAGACGGUGGAUGUGCCACUGCUUCAUGGCUCUGAAAGACUCGGGGGAGAGGCUGAGCCAUGCAGUUGGGUGUGCCUUUGCUGCCUGUUUGGAGAGAAAACAGCGACGGGAGAAGGAGUGCGGCGUGACGGCGUCUUUUGACGCCAGUCGCACCUCCUUUGUGCGUGAGGGCUCGUUCCGAGCCAACUCCUCCUGCAGCCAGCAGGGCAGCAGCAGCGAGCGAGAGGACAAGCUGCAGGACAAGAGGAAAGACCAGCCAGUUGUGAUGCCCGCCCUUCCUCCUGGCACCGCCUCGCCCCCCGAGGGCGCAGCAUCCCCCAUGGAGCGUCCAGAGCCGGGCGGGCCUCAUGCCAUCCCGCGCCGCCACGCGCCCAUCGAGCAGCUGGUGCGUCAGGGCUCGUUCCGGGGAUUUCCGGCCCUCAGCCAGAAGAACUCUCCCUUCAAGCGGCAGCUGUCGCUCCGCCUCAACGACCUGCCAUCCACCCUGCAGCGCAAGACAGACUUUGAGACCAAGAACCCGGACAUGGACCUGGGGUAUCCAGGUGAAGGGGACAGUAGUAUCAAUGCAUUGUGUAGCCAGAUCAACACUUCUUUCACCAAGCCAUCAGAUGAGCUCUUCAUUAAUCCCUCCAUGUCUGCGAACGGUCCACCGGACUGCACUGUGCCCCCUGUUCUGCCCCCACCACCUGCACCAGUGCAGGCCACCUCCUCCUGGGUGCAGCCAGAGCCUCCACUCCACUCUCCUCCUCCGGUUUCUGUGGCGAUGGCGAUGCAGAGUGGCCACAAGCGCACACCGUCGGAAGCUGAGAGAUGGCUAGAGGAGGUCUCCAAGGCUGUCAAGGCCCAACAGACCCCCCCUCCAGGCCCCACCAUCCCCACUAUUCCUGGACCACCCUCCAUGUCCAGUCAUCAGAUGUCCAGUCAGGCAGUCAUGUCUGCGGCCCCAGUAUCCACUGUCACAAUGUCCCUUGGCACCAUGUCUAAGCCUCUUAUUUCGGGUCCCUCUACUCUUUCAGGUCAGGCCCCGAUGCCCCUCCCACCCAUGUCAAUUCCGUCUGUUCCUCUAAUACCAGGCCCCCCUGUGUCAGGUCCUCCCAUGUCUCUUCCAUCCAUGUCCAUCCCCACGAUGUCGGGUCCGAGCAUGUCCGGGGCCUCGUUGAUGCAAACCUCCCUGCCUGGACCCCCAGGCUCCCUUCCAAGCUCCAUGCAGCCCUUCCCCUUGGCUUUUGAUACUACUCCAGCUCCUGUGGGAAUGUUUGCCAGCCAGCCUGUCCAACCUGCUUUUGUGCCCAUGCAGACCUACAUGCCAGGUUUGGCAAGCAGUAUGACGUAUCCCAACGCCAGCGUGCCGGUGGUUGGGAUCACACCAUCCCAAAUGGUGGCCAACGUCUUCUGUACCGCCACAGGCUCGUCCGGCACAGGAGGUGCUAUAGGCUCAGCUGCAGGAGGACCUAAGGUGGGUGCACUGGGAACAGUCGGGCAGCACCAUCCCUAUCCGGCAGCCCCCGGCGCCGUUGGUCAUGCUGGAGGCUUCUCCACGCCUUCGUUUUCUUCCACCUCGCCAUUACCGACAGCGAUUAAUGGCCUCCCACCACACAGUAGCGCCACACUGGGCCUUCAGAAUGGGACCUCCAGCGGUGGAGGGACCAGUGGCAGCAGUAGUAGCUGGCCUCCGGAGGGAAGCCAACUAGCGGCACCGGUGGUCAGCGAUCCCCAAGAUGAUGACCGCUUCGAGGCCAAGUGGGCGGCACUGGAGACAAAACCGACGCCUCAGCAGUCUGGGAACAAGGCGCCAACUGCUACAGCCAACCCAUUCUCCAACAAUUUACAGAAGACUUUUGAGAUUGAGCUCUAAGAUGAACUCAGCAUCCUGAAGCUGUAGCACUAGUCCUGGAAUUAAAGCCUGAGACAGCCAGGUGCUAACUCCAGCCUCUUUGCUUAGAAUGGGGUGCAGGUCCUUCAAGUUAGCCUAGCAAUUGCUCAAAGCUCUCAACAGGAAUCAAUCCUACAAAUAUUUUAAUUGCUUUCUUUAUGCUCCCAUGUGAGUGAGAGAGGAACUUGGCAGUCUGACGGGUUGCUAUUGGAAGAUCAGGUCUCCAGCUCUCCAGACUUGACGGACUGAAUACUUCCACUCUACCUGCUGCCUGCCGGCCUUUCUUGCUUUCACCUCUCCACUCUGGCUUUACUUCACCUGCUGCAAGUCUCUAAAUGUACUGCAUGUGCCCACUCUGGCAAAUGCAGUGGAGGGAGGGGGACACAGUCCAGUGGUUCCUUUCUUUAAAAGCCGACUCCACUCAGAUGCAUUCCAAUCCCACAAACUGCUGUUUUGUUUUGUUUUGUUUUGUUUUUGGCAGUUUGGCUUGAUUUUGGUGGUGAUUUUAGCAGAUAUGGUAACAUCAGAAGAUACGCAGAGAGGCACAGGAAGGAUCAGCUGUUGAAUGGACUGAUGUUGAAGUCAGCCGAGCACAGCAGGAGUUUGGUUUCCUCAAAGGACGGGGCAAUGAUGUGAGACUCAACCUUACCAACCCAAAAGGACUGACUGACCAAUAGUAGAGAUUUAUGGCCAAAAUUAUUUUAUUUAUUGUAUUUUAUUUUUUAUUUCAACAAGUUAUAUGUACUUAAUCUCAGAAUUUAAAAUCAAUGUUGCAGAAGCAUGUGUUUAUUUUCAUUUUUAUUAUCCCCUAUAUUUAUUUUUGGUGAAUUGUAAAGAGCAGAGAAGGUGCAGGGAGCAGACAGUCGGCGGGUGUGAUUGGGCAGUCAUCGAGCGAACUGUGUGAAACUGAAUCGCAUCACAGGAACCAAAUAGUGAAGGCCGGCCGUGCAGCUGCGUAGUUCAACAUACAACUCAAGUGUAUAUAGCUGCAUGUUUCUUUCACCCUAACAGACAAACUAUAUGUUUCCCUGCUCCCGAGGCCGGAUUAGUCCAGUAUGGCUUCACGUUGUGCGGUGUAGCCUGUUCCUCUCGCUCAUGUCUGACAAUACGGCUCUGGGACAUAAACAAUCACUUCAGGAUAUCCAGCACACAGACACUCUGGACAAUACAGCACAACAGUCCUUUGGAUGCCGUCAUCACCAGACAACACCCAAGGAAUGUUAACAACUCAGUGGAAGUAAAUAUUUACGAAAAUCUAUAACACUGUGCAAGCGAAACAUAAUGCACUACAUUCCAGCAUCCAUAAAUAUUUUUGCGUCUUCAAACACAGGGUACGGUCUCAUUGCAUUCAGUGUGAUUGUGUAGCCACCUCGCGUCAGUCACGGUAGUGCCGCUUUCGUAUUACUUCUCGGGAUUAAAAAUGACAUGUGGAGAGAAAAAGGGUAACGUGAGGAGACACGGACUGUCCACGAAUCCGCCUUCUGCACGCUGCCUAUGAGCAUCUUACUGCACGUCCGAUAGGAAGAGCCUGAUUGACCGAGGUCCUGCAGGAAGCGUGGUAAAUUGAACACUCAAAUAGAUUGCACUUUUCUGUCUUGAGUGCUGCAGAUGAUCAAGUGAGAAUAAGCUCACGAGUGGCAGGAGUAUUCAAAGGAGGGUUUUGUGUGCAUUAGGCAUGGUUUACAUGUUAACGGUGUGCUGGAAAUAAUAUUGUUUCCAUUUUCAUUUGCUUGAGUUCACCAGUUGAGGCCCCCACAAACACAAAAUUAAAUGUACGGUGUUUGAUAUGUUGAUGGAGGAAGUGUUCAAACAUAAUUGGAGUAUUACCAGAAAAAGAAGAGCAUCAGAAGAAAUUCAGAAAAAAUAAAUCACAGGAUUUAAGAAGGAGCAAAACACAGAAAAUGUUAAUAAUAAAAUCCUGAGAAAACAUUGUGGAAGGAAGCUGAUGAAAUGCCAAAAUAAUAACAUCUCUGCAAAAUGGAGAGCCAGUUUGCUCCUCAUUUUCAUGAAAAACAGAUGCAUAAACAAUGUAAUUUGUACAUUAAUCCAUUCAUACAGACUCCCAGGAAUUUGCAGGAUAUAGAAUGUGCCCGACACGCCAUAUUCAUGAAGGCAACCAUACUAAACCAAUAGUGUGUGCUGUUUUGCACACUUCUGACACGCAAUCCUCCAAGUGUGUGUGUCAUAUUUACACCAGUUUUAUACUCAUUAACAUUUAGUAGAUCAGAUUCUUGGUAGUUGACAGAAUGAGGGUUCAAAUGCAAAGUCAAGUAGAGCUUAUUUCUGGUAAAUAUAGGUUAAAAAUGCCACAUCAAAGGGCUAAAGUUCACGUUUGUAAACAAUAAAGCUACUCUCUUGAGAUUUUUAAGGAUUUUCCCAAAGAUUAAAUGUUACCUGGGGAUCAAAAUGAUGAUGAUGAAAUGAAUCAAAUGGAACUAGACUUUAUGUAGGAUUAUUCCACACUCUCCCAAAAUCCUUGAGCAAACAAAUCUUAAAAGAUUUAUAAUUAAUUUGAAACUUUUAUGCGUUUAUCUGUUCCUGUGUGGAUGCCAGCAGGGCGUCUUUACGAGCUCUCCCACUUGUAGAUUUACUAGAUGAUGGUAUUUACAAAGUUGGGAGGAAAGUUUUGUCAUUUGUCAUUUGUCAUGUUGCAGGAAAAAAGAAGUGAUGCAUCUAUGGCAGGGGUGUCUAAACAAUGACAAAAUAUCUCCCUGAAAUUGUUUGUGUUUAGCACUUGAUGCGAUCUUACAUUUCUUUCAUUUUGCCCUUUUUAUGUGAUUAUGCUUGUUUUGUCGAAAAGGCAAAUCAAGGUUUUCUAAGUAUUGUAGCUCAGAAGUGCUGAAGAGCUAACAAAUGUCUUGUGUGGGUCAUGUCUCCCAUUAUAUUUACCGCACAGUUACAUCUCCAGAAGUAGACUUUCAGAUAUGAAGUUUUUUGUUCAGGUUGAGACUUAUUUUCUAUCCAGAUCCAGAGAAUAAAAUCCUGCUGUUGAAUAUUGUCGUAGGGAUGAAAAUAUCUCUGCACUCUGUGCAAGAUCCAGGUAUUUGUGGCACAGUUCGGUUUGUGUUCUCCGUACCACAGGUUACAUUUUUCUAAAACGGUGUGUUUUGUGAGCUCAGCAGGCAGUUUUGAGUGCAGCCACAGACUCAGGUGUUAAAAAUGAGCAGUGGAGGAUAUCUGACAUAAAAGUGUGACAAAUGACAAAUACGUCUUGGACAGAUUAACGAAGACAAAGUUGGAGCAGAUUCAGAAGUUUUCUUCACAGAGGAGGGAUGAGCUGUACGUUUCAGACUGAAAGAGGGACGGAGAUAUUCUUUUAAAGAGCGACGGAAGUCUGAAAGAAGGACGUUUGGAUAAGAUGUGCUAAAACGGAGAUAAGAGUGAGAGGCGGAUCGUGUGAAAAUAUUGAGAACAAAGACACGUUCAUCACGUACGUAGCCGACAACACGAGCACUGUCUGCCAUCAUUUCCUUUUUCUUAAGGCCAAAUUGCUCUUUUUUUUUCAACGUCAUAUUCCUCAGCUCGUUAAGCUUCAAAUAUAACUUCUCAUAAUCGAAAAAAAAAUUCAUAAGCUGUUUUUAUUUAACUAACUAAACUGAAUAUAAUAAAUCUUGUGUCUUUUCACGAAGAUGCAUCGUCACAGAGGAUUCAAAUAGAAAAAAGUCAUGAUUCAAGGGCUCUUCUUCCUCACGUUGUGUCUGUACGUUAUCUCCAUGUUACCUUCCCCGAGAUGUUCCUGUUAUGUUCCUUGGGAAUUGAAUUGUAUGGAUGUGAACUGCCACUGAUUAGAUUUCCUGCCCAUUAACUUCCUACAGAUUCAGUAGCUUAUUUGGUCUCUUCCUGUCCGAUAUGUCGGCUUUUUUUUUUUUUUUUUUUUUGUUGCUGUUCAGAACUCAGAUUUAUUUGCCACUGAUUUGUCCCACCUCGGAUCCUCCCGGGCUUCAGUCCUUUGUCUUCAGGGUCAAUCAAUAUUUCUUCCUCUUUCAACAAACCCAAACCGCUCUCUGUCUUUCUCCCUCCCUUCCUUUCUCUACAAAUCGAUACAGAUUCACUCUGAAAAAUCAAAAGGUUUUGUUUCAUUAGGAAUAUAUUUUAGCCCUUGACUCUUGUUUGCACGCCCUCCAAAUUAUAAAUGUUGGUUAAUUGUGUUCCGGGUUAAAGCAAACUAAAUGACCUCAUAAACUUGAUUGUAAAACCAUAAUUUAGUGAUGGUAACAAAGCAGACCAGUGGAGUUUAUUUUUAAUCUUUAUUUACAGACUUUUUGUAUUUAAACCAACAUAUUUGUAUUGUAAUUACAUUGUACAAAAGAUAAAUAAAGUAAUAUAAUAUUA